CGUAACACACGGUUUGCAAGCUCACCUCACUCUCACCUACGUGCGUUACCCAUCCCUUCUUGUUCUCUUCCUUCACCUCCCGCAGACGACAAAAAAUUUCAGCUUUGGAUUACGUAUCCAGCAGAGGAACCCCGCUCUGUCGAGAUGGUGGUGGUGGUGGCGCCGGAGGAGGAGGAGGAGAGAGCCGCAGGACUGGCGGUGAUGAUCAGAGAGUAUGAGGCAGGGCGCGACCGGGAAGUGGUGGAGAACUUAGAGCGGAUGUGCGAGGUCGGGCCAAGCGGCGGCGACAGUAGCGGCAUGUCCCUCUUCACCGACCUCCUCGGCGACCCUCUCUGCCGCGUCCGACACUCGCCGAACUUUCUCAUGCUCGUGGCGGAGAUUGCGAUUGGGCCGGAGAGCAGAGAAAUAGUUGGCGUCAUCCGCGGUUGCGUCAAAUUUGUAACUUGCGGAACCAAGAAUCCUCGUUGCGCCGCUGGCGAUCUCGACGGCGCUUCCCCUGUUCCCAUUUAUGCUAAGGUCGCCUACCUCCUAGGCCUCCGUGUCUCCCCCUUUCACCGGCGAAAGGGGAUUGGGCUGAAAUUGGUGGAGAGAAUGGAAGAAUGGUGCAAGGAGAAAGGUGCGGAAUACGCGUACAUGGCGACGGAAAAGGACAACGAGCCGUCGAUCCAGUUAUUCACGGGGCGGUGCGGGUAUUCCAAGUUCCGCACACCGGCAAUCCUCGUGCAACCCGUUUUCGCGCACCGCCUCCCACUCCCCGGCGCCUCCGUCGUCCUCCCCCUCCCCACCGCCGACGCGGAAGCGCUCUAUCGCCGCUGGUUCGCUGGCAUCGAGUUCUUCCCUCGCGACAUCGACGCCGUGCUCCGUAAUCCUCUUUCUCUCGGCACCUUCCUGGCCGUUCCCGGCGGCUGCGCUGCCGCGGGGAGGUGGCAGGGCGUGGAGGCUUUCCUCGCAGCCCCGCCGCCGGCGUGGGCGGUGGCGAGCGUGUGGAACUCCAAGGCGCUAUUCCGGCUGGAGGUACGUGGGGCGGCGAGGUGGCGACGGGCGCUUGCGCAGGCGACCCGCACCAUUGACCGGGCCCUACCCUGGCUCCGCAUCCCGUCCGUGCCGGACCUCUUUUCCCCCUUCGGGCUCUACCUCGUCUACGGCCUCGCCGGCGAUGGCCCCGCAGCGCCAUCACUGACGCGGGCACUCUUCCAUCACGCGCACAACAUGGCACGCGCCGACGCCGGCUGCCGCGUGGUAGCGGCGGAGGUGGCCGCGUGCGAGCCGCUCCGCCGCGGGAUCCCUCACUGGCGCCGCCUCUCCUGCGCCGAGGACCUCUGGUGCGUCAAGCGACUCGCCGGAGAGUACGGCGAAGGCGGAGCUCUCGGCGACUGGACCAAAGCGCCGCCGCCGGCGUCCAUCUUCGUAGACCCCCGGGAAUUCUAAUCCCAUAAUGUAACGGUGGACCCACAACACGGGGGAUAUCCGUUAUGUAAAGCGACCCGAAACGACCUUUUACAUAACGCUUUUUUUUUAAAAAUAUAUUCUCUCUUUAGAUUAUGAUUGUAACGGUUGGGAAGGGGAGAGAAAGAUACACAUUCCAUGGAAAUGAAAAGAAAGAUCACAAAAGAAAGAUUUGAAAGAAAUACAACUUGUCCUUUUGUAAUCUAAUGUGAGGCGUUGAGGAGAUGUAAUCUUCUUUUUUUCUCCUUCCCUUUUUAAUCAUCAACUUUUGACAAGGGAUUUGGGUACAUGAUGUCUACAUAUCUUA